GGGGGGUGGAGGACACUGAGUGGAGGCCAGUGGAGGGAUUGGCAAAGGGGGGUGGAGGACACUAGGUGGAGGCCAGUGGAGGGAUUGGCAGAGGGGGGUGGGGGGACACUGAGUGGAGGCCAGUGGAGGGAUUGGCAAAGGGGGGUGGAGGACACUGAGUGGAGGCCAGUGGAGGGAUUGGCAGAGGGGGGUGAGGACACUGAAUGGAGGCCAGUGGAGGGAUUGGCAGAGGGGGGUGGAGGACACUGAGUGGAGGCCAGUGGAGGGAUUGGCAGGGAGAGGUGGAGGACACUGAGUGGAGGCCAGUGGAGGGAUUGGCAGAGGGGCAUGGAGGACACUGAAUGGAGGCCAGUGGAGGGAUUGGCAGAGGGGGGUGGAGGACGCUGAGUGGAGGCCAGUGGAGGGAUUGGCAGAGAGGGGUGGAGGACACUGAAUGGAGGCCAGUGGAGGGAUUGCCAGAGGGGGGUGGCAGAGGAUGGAGCGGAAACGGGCGUAUUUUGGCUUAGGCGGGUGUAGACGAGGCGCUCGAGGAGUUUGGAUGUAACUGGCAGCAG